AUGUCCGGGGCCUCCCAGGAGGGAGCCGGGCCCCGGGGGCUGCCGGCGGCGGCUGCAGCGGGCAGGGCCUGCCUGUCCAGCCUGGACCGGAAGCUGAGCGCGCUGGACGAGAAGGUGGACACGCUGCUGCGCGCCCAGGAGGACGUGGCGGACAAGCUGCAGGGCGUGUGCCGCGGCCUGGACCACCUGGAGCGGGGCCUGAGCCGGCUGGAGGCCUCCCGGGGCCCGGGCCCCCCGGGGGCCGGCCCCACCCCACCAGGGGAGCUGGCCCCGUUGGGGGACCCUGCCCCCCAGGGGGAGCCUGCCCCUCGGGGGGACCCUGCCCCUCAGGGGGAGCCUGCCCCUCAGGGGGACCCUGCCCCUCGGGGGGACCCUGCCCCUCGGGGGGAGCCUGCCCCUCAGGGGGACCCUGCCCCUCCGGGGGAGCCUGCCCCGCGGGGGGCCGCGCAGGCCGGCUGGCCGGAGGUCCUGGGCCUGGUGCGGGCGGUGCGGCAGGAUGUGGCCCGGCACGGCGCCCGGCUAGAGGCUCUGCUCCGGGUGGUGGCGGCCGUGGACCGGGCCAUCGCCCUGCUGGGCGCCCUGUUCCCGAACUCCGCGGUGCUGGACUUCCUCCUGCAAGGCAGUGCGCCCUGGAGGCGAGGCCGCCCGGCCCCCGGGCCCCCCGAGGACAGAGAGCGAGCGGAGGCGGCGGGAGCCCAGGCACAGCGGGCGCUGAGCAGCCGGGGCGCGCAGGCCGAGCGCCGGGGCCCGCGGGGCGAGAGCCAGAAGGCCGGCCCGCCCGAGGGCACAGCGGCGAGGCUGCCCCCGGCCGGCGCGCUGGGGAUGGGCUCUGACGUCCUGGCCCCGCCGGAGGCCCCGCCAGAGCCGGGAGGCGGGGACCCUGGCCCCGACCAGGCACCUGGACACCUGCCGCCCCCAGAGGCGGAAGCCACAGCUCCCGGGGCGCCUGGUGAGACCCCCGAGACCAGCCAGGAGGCGGCACCAGGCCCAGGACGAGGGCCGUCGGCCAGCGGGCCUGACGCUCUGCCCGCAGAGGGGGUGACGCUGGCCUCAGGCCCGCCUGCCGGGGCCACCGCAGCUCCCCGCACCGAGGACACGCCUCCCAGGCUCUCCGUCCACGUGCAGGAGGCGGACGUGCAGGAGACGGACACGCCGGGGGAGCUGCAGGGCGUGCCAGGGGCCAGCCCCCGUGUGGCGCCCCCCGUGGAGGCCCUGGCGGCUCCCCAGCCUGGGGAGCCGGACCCGCCUGCGCACGGGGGCCAGCCCCAGGCCCCGGGGACCGAGCCGGGGGAACACGGCACCGCUCGGAGCAGCGAUGGGGCAGCAGAGGCCGAGGACACGCCGGGACCCGCAGCCGGAGCCGCCCUGGGACCCAGCGGGGCCGGCGGGGGCUCGGGGGCGGACACGGGCCCGGGAGCCGGCGGCCCGGAGCCCGGGGGGGACGGCACCCCCGGGGGCCUGGGUGCAGCCGCGGCGGGGACGCCCCAGGGAGCUGUGGCCAGCGGCCUGGUUCUGGACGACAGCCCAGCCCCGCCGGCCCCGUUCGGGCACCGGGUGGUGAGCCUGCGGGAGGCGGCGGCUGCAGCGGGCUACGCCGUGUGCCAGCACGAGGUGCUGGGCGGGGGCCGGUUCGGCCAGGUCCACCGGUGCACGGAGCGGGCCACGGGCCUGGCGCUGGCAGCCAAGGUCAUCAAAGUGAAGAGCAGCAAGGACCGGGAGGACGUGAAGAACGAGGUGGCCAUCAUGAACCAGCUGAGCCACGCGAACCUGAUCCAGCUGUACGACGCCUUCGAGGGCAGGCACAGCUGCACGCUGGUCAUGGAGUGCGUGGACGGGGGAGAACUCUUCGACCGGAUCACGGAUGAGAAGUACCACCUGACGGAGCUGGACGUGAUCUUGUUCACCAAGCAGAUCUGCGAGGGCGUGCACUACCUCCACCAGCACUACAUCCUGCACCUGGACCUCAAGCCGGAGAACAUCCUGUGUGUGAACCAGACCGGACACCAGAUAAAGAUCAUUGACUUCGGGCUGGCCAGAAGGUACAAGCCGCGGGAGAAGCUGAAGGUGAACUUCGGCACGCCCGAGUUCCUGGCCCCCGAGGUCGUCAACUACGAGUUCGUCUCGUUCCCCACGGACAUGUGGAGCGUGGGCGUCAUCACCUACAUGCUGCUCAGCGGCCUGUCCCCGUUCCUCGGGGAGACGGACGCCGAGACCAUGAACUUCAUCGUGAACUGCUGCUGGGACUUCGAGGCGGAGUCCUUCGAGGGGCUGUCGGAGGACGCCAAGGACUUCGUGUCCCAGCUGCUGGUCAAGGAGAAGAGCUGCAGGAUGAGCGCCACCCAGUGCCUGAAGCACGCGUGGCUGAGCGACCUGCCCGCCAAGGCGUCCCGGGCCCAGCUGCGCCUCCGGUCCCAGCUCCUGCUGCAGAAGUACCUGGCUCAGCGCAAGUGGAAGAAACACUUCCACGUGGUGACGGCAGCCAACAGGCUCAGGAAGUUCCCCACCUGCCCCUGA